AUGCAUACAGACGAACAGAGCUACAAGAAUACAGACAGGCACAGCGGGAUGUCACUAUACGAUGAGGCCGUUUCCUACCUUGUUAUCAUAGAGAAUGAAAUCGUUUUGAGAACCAAUGAGGUAAUUCAGGGAAUUCUGAUGUUGGUUCUAAGCUACUACGUUUACGGAUACAAUUAUUCUCCGGAGGAAGCUUCUUCAUUAGAGUUCAUACAAAGAAUGCUCUUGGACAUUAAUCCAGAAAAAGGGCAUAAGAGGGGCCGCAAAAAUUCGAAAUACGAUCGGGAUCCAAAAGCAGGAUCAUUAAUUGACAGCAUUGUCGAAUUAGUUUAG